UGAAAAUCAUCACAUAUUAUAGGUGUCAAUAUGACACUCUCAACAUGGCGUUGACACAGACGUACGGUGAGGACACUCAUGUUGCAUUUAAUGUUGUCUGUGGCUACAGUCAGGUGCUCUGAGAGGCAAGACAAAAUCUUCAACGAAGAACUUUUGCCACACAAGGAACUUGAUCAACAAUUAGUUCAAAUAUAAUAUUAUUCCUGGGCUAGUUUAUGACAGUACAGUUCUAUCGUGGAUUAUUUAUCAACCAAAUAUGAACAUGACAAAACAAGCAAGAUUUCCAACAGCACUUGAACGCAAUGGAGAAAGUGUGUUUUCCACUUUUCCCUGAACCUCCCCGUCUGUGUCUUUGUGUUUCUGCUGUGACUGUACAGGCCACUGUCUCCUGCACUGCGUUGUACAUGUUUUACGGGUCGUCGUCCCAACUUUCUCAGCUCUUUUCAUGGUUCGCGCUUCACCUCAGAUAGCUGCCCUAGCCAGCAGACGGCAGCCUGGGAGCUAACACCCACCGCAUAGAGGAAGUACACAAGUCCAUGUUUCCUCCUGCACCUCCGCGAAGAGAGCCAGCUCAACAUGGUGAGAGUUAUGGAGUACCUUCGCUACCUCCAAGACCCUCACCUUGUCGCCCGCUUUCAGCUUAUUUGCGGGAUACGGGGCACUCUUUCAGAACCUGUUCCUGCCGAUAGUUCGACCUCUGACAGCUGCAGGUCAGUAGAUAAGGCUCGUUCUCGCAACAACGGGGCUCUCCAUCAUCACACAGCCGGGGAAACAGGAAAUGAACAGUUGACCAGUAUGGGAGUUCAGAGGAGGAUCGCAGACGUGACUGACCCUAGAAACCUCAAGCAUGACAUGGAAGACGCUCCCCCGAACGGGGCUGCUCUGUCCCCAGGUGGAGAAAGUGUCGCUGUGCGGGGCAGCACUCUUAAACCCCUCCGCAGAAAUUCUCUGACGGGCGAAGCGGGGCAGGAGUUUGUCAUCGAGAACCGCUUCUUGUUUUACUUGUUCACCUUCGGGACAGAAUUGGGAAACGAAUUAUUUUACAUCAUCUUCUUCCCCUUCAUCAUGUGGAAUGUGGACGCUUUCGUGAGCAGACGGUUGAUCAUGGUGUGGGUCUGGGUCAUGUACGUGGGACAGUGCACGAAGGAUGUAAUCGGCUGGCCCCGACCCGCUUCCCCACCUGUGGUCAAAGUGGAAAUGUUUUACAACUCUGAGUACAGCAUGCCGUCCACCCACGCCAUGUCAGGGACAGCCAUCCCCUUCUCCCUGUUCUUCAUGACCCAUGGCCGCUGGGAGUACCCUUACACCCUGGGCUUCAGCUUGGCUCUCUGUUGGUGUCUGUUGGUCUGUUCCAGCCGGAUCUACAUGGGGAUGCACUCAGUCCUGGACGUCAUCGCUGGCAUCCUGUACAGCAUCCUCAUCCUCUUCUUCUUUCUCCCUGCAUUGGACAUGAUUGACAGCUUCAACCUGAGCUCCCGCUACGCUCCGCUGGUCAUCGUUUCCAUACCCCUGGCCCUGGCCCUCUUCUCAUUCACCCUGGACACCUGGAGCACUUCUCGAGGUGACACGGCUCAGAUCCUGGGUGUGGGUGCUGGCGUGGCCCUGGCGUCUCAUGUAAACCAGCUCCUAGGUUUGAUGCCAGACCUGACGGCGGAUCAGCUCCCUCUCAUGGUGCCUACUGUAAGUGGCGGCCUGGUGUGUAGCGCUAUUCUGCGGUUGGUUCUGGGAGUGAUAGUCCUUGUGGCGAUACGGGCCCUGAUGAAGGCCAUCACCAUUCCACUGGUGUGCUGGCUGUUCAGGGUGCCCAGCUCAGACUUGAGGAAGGCCCGGCAGCAUGUGGAGGUAGAACUCCCGUACCGCUACAUUGUUUAUGGGACCAUGGGCUUUAGUGUGCUCUUCCUGGUUCCACUGCUCUUCGCCUACGUGGAGAACGCAUGAAUGCAUGUAACUUAAAUGCAUGGUCAGUCUCCAGCCAGGAAUUGGAGAGCCAGCAUUUCAAUACUGUUUUUGCAUCUCCAUGUAAAACCAGACUUUUUCCUCUUCCACAGGAAGUUAGGACCACAACUGACUGAGAUGCAUUAAAGCCUUAACACUGAACUCCUUCCUCUCUUUCUUAACCUUUCUGCUGUUUUUUCCAACAGACUCAGGUUAGCUCUGGAGAAGGAGGAGGGUGAGGGAGAAUGUCUUUUAAGUGGCACUGUCUUUUAUAAGAUGUAUUUUGUAAGAUGAACCUGUGGAAAGACAAACCUAUCUAUGUUGGUGGGUUUUUUUUUUACACUAAAUAACCACACCGAUGCCUUUUUAAAGACAUAGUUCAAGAAUUUUAAUGAGAGGUUUUGCUGAAAGGUUAUAAGCAGAUAAUAUCUAACCUGCAGUAGAUUGCCUCUGACUAUGCCUGGACCUGGUGCUUUCAUAGUCAUAUUGACCAUUCAAAGUGCUUCACAUUAACACACCCGACACUGGAUCAGUUGGUAACUUGGGGUGAAGUGCUUCCUCCUAGGGGCCAGUUGGGAGAAUUGUCCUCAAAUACAAGCAUACAGUCCUAACCUUAGGCACUAUGAUAAGAUCAAAUGCAGACUAUGCAGCUUAGCCACAUUUAUUUAACACCUUGUAUAAUCAAAUAAGAAUACAUUCGGCAUUCUCACUUCUUAAGAUUGUGUUUCUCUUUAUUAUUAUUUUUCAGUGUUCCAUACAUUUUUCUGCACUUAACUAAUUCUGCCAUUGUUUAUAUAUGAAUUUCAACAAUUCAUAUAUCAAAAUGUUCUGCUUCUUCUGGAGCAUUUUGCUAUGACUUUUGGUAAAUUCAACUAUUAUACUUUUUGAAAUACAAUUACAAAUUUUUUCCAGAUUUCAACCCCAUUGAAAUGCAUUGAAAUUCUUCAGAAUUCCACAAAAUUCAGCAAAAACGUUUGCUCUUUUAUGGUUCACAACUUCUGCCUACUUCAACCUAAAAGCUCCAUUCGACUUUUAAGCAAGACACAAUAUGUUAAGAAAUCUUCAGAUGAUCCAGCUUUCUGAUACCGCUUAUGCUUUUUCUAAUAUUCCAAUUUAAGUUUUAUACAGAUUUUUGGCCAUUGACAGAACUUAGCCAAAUGGGGGAAUUUUUCUGCCAUAAUCCAAGAGCACACAUGUUCAUUCUGAAACCAAGAUUUAAUGUCUUUUGUUCUCAAAACUUGUAACACUUUUGCUUACAUUUUCAUUUUGAAAGCAGGACUUCAUGUCUUUCUUAAAACUUGUAAUGAUUGUACUCAAAGCUUCUCCUCGCGCUCACACUUAGUCUCUGCUUGGAGCAAAUCUUUGCUUGUAAAACUCUGCUCACUUGGAAGCAUUUUCCUGCCAUAAUUCAAGAGCACACAUAUUCAGGCUGAAAACAGGAUAUCAUGUCUUUUGUUCUCAAAACUUUUAAUACUUUUGCUUACAUUUUCAUUUUGAAAGCAGGACUUCAUGUCUUUCUUCUCAAAACGUGUAACUCUUAUACUCAAAAUAAGAGUUACAGCUCUUAUACUCUUCACACUCACACUUAGUAUCUGCUCGGACUCUCCACUCACUUACGAAACAUGGAACUGCCUUUUGGCACAGUCGCCUAGCAACCUCUCAGCCAAUAGAAUAAAAGUGUUGUACUGGGUGUGUUUGUUUCCUUCUAGCGGGUGUGCCUGUGUGGCUACUAUCGAUUGUAGCAACCUGCACCACCCACGGGAUGUAGGGAGAAACAACGACGUCAGCUUUGUGCUCUGUGUUUCACUAAACAUCCACCAGCAGUGUGCUACUGAUUGCUUACAGCUACUGAUCUUCAGCAGGAUUUUGUUCACCCAACCAAAAACAACAUAGUCAUGACAUGAUAUCUAUCAUGUGUAUCUAUCUUUACACCACUGCAUCCGACACUUUACAUUGUCCUUGGUGAUGUUCGGCUUGGAUGCAACUGGUUACCAUGGAAGCCCAUUCCAUGAAGCUCUCUGUGCACUGUUCUUGGGCUAAUCUGAAGGCCACAUGAAGUUUGGAGGUCUGUAGUGACUGACUCUGCAGAAAGUUGGUGAUGUCUUCGUUCUAUGUGCUCCAGCAUAGAUGUUUAGAUUGUGCUUCAUAAUAGCCUAAACAAAUCAAACAAAAACCAACAUGCUGAGUUGUUUUUUGAAAAACCAGAGCAUGUGAAGCAUAAUCUAAACAGAUUUACACUAUAGUUAGACUCCUGAUAAUGCCAUAAAAACAGUGAAAGUUUGUUCUUUAGAACAACUUUAUGAAAAUAUAACCCUAGUUUUACCUAACAUAUCUUGUGAAAAUGUCACAUGUUUUAGCACAGUGUUUCUCAACCCUGAUCCUCAUCGCCCCCUGCUCUGCAUGUUUUAGAUGUGCCUCUAUUC